AUGUUUAUCGUGUUCGCGCUAUUCUACCGAGGAAAUGCGGGUGGGAACUUCUUCAUUGAUUUGCCACCUCAGCCACAGCCACCACCAGCUUCUUCAAUUACCUUCCAUCCAUCGACGGGUGCUCCUCUCUCCCCUUAUGAUCCACAGCCCCCCGCGUCGAUUUUACGACGAUAUUCAACUCGAAAUGUAGGUGCCGCUGCUGCCUCUGCAGAAAUGGCUGCUGCCAUGGCAUUCUCUCCCCAACCACCCCCUCCUUCUUCCCUUUGGCGCUGA